AUGGGUCAAACACUUUCCGAGCCUGUCACUGAAAAGCAUACAACUGAAGGUCAAGAUCAUCGUGUAUUGUAUGCAGCCUCUGGAAUGCAAGGAUGGCGAAUCACCAUGGAAGAUGCUCAUACAACUAUUCCUGCAUACAAGGACACAAAAGCUAGUUUCUUUGCUGUUUUUGAUGGGCAUGGAGGUUCUGAAGUGGCAAAAUAUAGUGGAGAACAUCUUCAUCAUAGAAUCUUCAAUACUGAUGCAUUUGGUGAAAAUAAUAUGCGGGAAGCUUUGAAACAAGGAUAUCUUGGUAUUGACGUGGACUUGCGUGCUGAUCCUUUAUUUGAACAUGUACCAUCCGGUUGUACGGCAGUAUCGGCAUUGAUUACCAAGGAUUAUGUUUUAUAUGUGGCGAAUGCUGGCGACUCUAGAGCAGUACUUUGUGUGGAUGGACAUGCCAUUGCUUUAUCUCAAGAUCAUAAACCUACAAAUGAAAAAGAAACACAACGUAUCAAAGAUGCAGGUGGCCAUGUCGAGUUCGGUCGUGUCAAUGGCAAUCUUGCUUUAUCAAGGGCUCUUGGUGAUUUUGAAUUCAAACAAAGGGAUGAUCUUUCACCAGAAGAACAAGCAGUGACAGCUGAUCCUGACAUUACCGAACACAAGAUCACAGAAAAGGACGACUUUCUUAUUAUUGCUUGCGAUGGUAUUUGGGAUUGUAUGACGAAUCAAGAAGCUGUGAACUUUGUACGUGCAGGAUUGAGCAAGAAACAAACUCUGGCCGAGAUUUGUGAAACAAUGAUGGAUCACUGUUUAGCAGAUGAAACGGAUGUUGGUGGCUACGGAUGUGAUAAUAUGACGGUGAUCAUUGUUGCUUUAUUGCAUGGUAAAUCGAAACAAGAGUGGUACGACGCUAUGGCCUCCAGUUUUGUCAUCAAUUCGGAUAUAGUUCCUUUUGAAAAAAAGGAGCCCAAUGAAAUUGUGGAAGGUAAAGGGAUUUUAUCCAAAAAAAAAAAAUAUAGUAAAUUAAACAUCUUUUUUUUUCUUUAUAGAUGA